GUAAAGAAGCUCAGAGAGAGACUGGAUCUGCAUUAUAAGUAGCUAUGAGAGCAGCAAGUGUCGGGUGUUUUCAACCUGUGUUUUAAAAUGCUCUAAUGCGAGGAAGAGAGCGAGCGGAGCAAAAGGAGGAGAAACCAAGAAGUGGGACAUCAGUUCUGAAAAGUCUGCUGUGAUUAGGAAGAAAGCCAAGUGCAAAGAAGGGAGGAGGGGAAGCCGAGAGGAACACAAGGCAGCAAUGGAUUGCAGAAUGGCUCGGCCUGACCCUGGGACGGCCUGCUGGAUUCACACACUGCCGCUGGACACCGUCCAGCACACGCUCUAGGCUGCGAACGGCGGAGAGCUCCUAUGUGGCUGUCUAGCCAUGCUCCCUGGGUAUGGAUUCUCACCUUUUCCUGAUUUCCAUCCCCACCUUCACGCUUUUCGCUGCCGAGGAGAGAGCCCCAGCAUGUGGAUUCCUGGCUCCGGAGAGUCCCACAGUCCGAGCGAGUCCAAGGAGGGUCGGCCUCUCCUCCAUCCCAUCCAUCCCAACCACGUGGCGGUGUGCCAGCAGGAAACACUGGCGUUUAUUGAGCUACAACAACCAGCACCUUCUAAGUUAAACGGUCUUGGCUCUCAGAGGCAGAGCAGUGAUCCAGACGCACACUCCCAACCUCUAAAUGGUUUACAACAAACUCUUAAUGAACUGAAUAACAUGCAAAAAGGCAAACACAGGACACACACUGAUCAUGGAAUGAAUGUAAACACUACGUCACACACUGUGGAUGACGCUGAGGUUGUUCCGCAGACCAGCACCAGGACUUCUUGGCAGGACCAAAACGAGAAGCCUCGGACAGUAACGACAGUUUGCCGCCCACUCCACGCAGCUCUCAGCCUCCCUCUGUCCUUUCCUCUGUCCUCUUUGUACACAAACAGGGACUCCUGGGAAUCUCGGGUACCUUACUCCUCAUCCUCACCAGAAUGUCCAGAGUUUCCGGGCCCACACGCCAGCCAGCCUCAGAGGAGAACAUCACAUGGAUCUCUGAAAGAGAAGUCUAUUCGGCGAAAGGUGCAGGUUUAUUCUCCAGACAGCCCAAGCGAUGAAUCACUCAGCAGUCCAAUCCUGGAGGCAGACUACAUCUUCCCCGGACCUUUUGCCUCUUUUCUGGAGGAAGACCUCAGUGGAUUAUCUUCUCUGGAUGCAGCUUCAACUCCCUCGUCCACAGCUGGCACGCCAGAUCUCCCAUGCAUCAGCCAUGGAGAUAUUUUCAGUGUUCAGUCAGAACCCUUGCAGAUAAUAGAGGACUCAGAAUCCGGAGCGGAGGAGGAGGAGGGCGGCAUCGUAGAGACAUCGCUUCACCCAGCAGGGAGCUUUUUGCCACGCAGUCGACAAACUGACCAAGAGCGCCGGCGUUUCUCAGCUUCAGAGCUAAUAUCAAGACUGCAGCUCUCCCAGAGGAAGAACUCGUUCACCUUAAAGCUGGGCAAGUCAUUGUCUGCUCGGGUGGCCUCCAAAGACAAGCAGAACUCCAACAGCCUGAGCCCCAACCCGGACUAUAAGUGUAACUCUAGACAUCGCAGCUCGGGAGGCUCUAGUGACAGCGGCACCUACAGUCCUGUUGGAACUGGGCUCCCACUGCCCAGUGGCGACAAUGGGAUAUCUUCUUAUCGGCGGAGCACUAAACUUGGAGUGCGAAAGAAAUCCAUAGAGGAAGACAUGAGCAUACCUUCAUCAUUUCCCACUUCAAAUCGCCUGUCACGUUUUUUGCCAAGCUCGAUCCUCUACCAGGAGUACAGCGAUGUGGCAAUCAACCGAGAGAUCCAGAGGCAACAAGGGAAGGAUCCAGGAACAGAGGAGGAGGGACUCAGAGAUGAAGGCUCAGAUGGAACUCCAUCUCCGUCAAAUCUUUCUCCAUCCAGCUCGUUUCGCUCUUCUCGAGGCUCUGCAUUUGCACUGUGGCAGGAUAUACCUGAUGUGCGAACAAGCGGUCAGUUAGACACCUUCAGCAACGAGGAGAGAAAACUGCAGGAGGCAAAGUUUGAGCUGGUAACUUCCGAGGCGUCGUACAUUCGUAGCCUGACGAUUGCUGUGGACCAUUUCAUGUUGUCUCAGGAGCUCACAGAGUGUCUUGGGGCUCAGGAGAAGCAGUGGCUCUUUUCCAAGCUGCCUGAAGUCAAAGAUGUCAGUGAGAGGUUCCUUCAGGACCUGGAGCACAGGCUGGAGAAAGACAUUCUCCGUUUUGAUGUGUGUGACAUAGUCCUGGAUCACUGCCCAGCUCUGAGAAGGGUCUAUUUGCCUUACGUAACCAACCAGGCUUAUCAGGAGCAGACAUACCAGCGGUUGCUGCAGGACAACCCUCGCUUCCCUGGCAUCCUGGCUCGCCUGGAGGAGGACCCCAUCUGCCAAAGGCUGCCCCUGACCUCCUUUUUAAUCCUCCCGUUUCAGAGGAUCACACGACUCAAAAUGUUGGUGGAGAACAUCUUAAAGAGGACAACACCGGGCUCCAGAGAUGAGGACACGGCCACAAAGGCUUUCAACGAGCUAAAAAAGAUCAUCAAAGAGUGUAAUUCCAGCGUGCAGUCUAUGAAGAGGAUGGAGGAACUCAUCCACCUCAACAAGAAAAUCAACUUUGAGGGCAAAAUCUUUCCUCUCAUCUCCCAGUCCCGCUGGUUGGUGAAGCACGGUGAGCUCCUGGAAGUGGACACCCAGAUGAUGAGCAUUUCGGGAUCAAAACUCAAGCUGCCCACCAAGCCAGUGUACCUGCACUUGUUUAACGACUGCCUGCUGCUGUCCAGGAGGAAGGACACAUGGAAGUUUAUGGUAUUUGUGCACGCUAAGAUUGGAGAGCUGAAAGUGAAGGAUCUCAGCCAGAAGCUGCAGGGAAUCUCAGGCUUCAUCUUCCAUCUGCAGCUGUGUGAAGGCCAGCAGCUCAAACAUCAGAUCCUUCUCAAAUCGCACACAGAGAGUGGUAAGCAGAGAUGGAUCACAGCAAUGUUUCCAUCUGAUCCGUUUGAAGACAUUGAGCAGGCCAGUGAAAAUGAUGAUAUAUCCCAGGUGCAGUGCAUUAAAAGCUAUCAAGCCCAAGAACAUGAUGAGUUAACUUUGGAAAAAGCUGACAUUCUUCAAGCUAAAACCAUUACAAGUGACGGCUGGGUGGAGGGCAUCAGGCUGUCAGAUGGGGAGCGGGGCUGGUUCCCCAAAACCUACGUGGAGGAAAUCACAAGUCGGAGCGCUCGCCUCCGCAACCUCAGAGAAAACAUCCGCAUCAAAUGUGUCACACAGAAACUGAAAGGGGAGGACUGAGAGCUUUUACUGCAAAGCUGCGAUCCGGAUGAUCGAUUUCAUUUAAGGUGGAUGUCUGGAAUUCUUACAGUCAGCAGGUGCUGAAAUAAGACUUAUUUUUUUCCUCUAACAUGUUAAAAUACAGCAAAAAUAUAAAUUUCUAUUUUACAUUUUCAUCUCAAACUUUUCACCUGUGCAAGUCUGUAAAAAAAAAAAAAAAAGAGGCUACAUUAACAAUUUAAAGCUCAAAUUAUUUAUUUUUAUGAAAACAUUUUUACGACUAUUUCAGUUUGGUAUACAGUGAAAAAGCUUUGAAACAAGGAUUUAACCCAGAAACAGAAUUGUCUGCAAUUUCUCCGGCUGAAUAUAUCUUCAGAUUGUCCCAUGCAGUCAUGUGAGCUUCGGAAGGCACACAGGAUGAACUCAAGACAUCAGAUAUUUGCUGCUGCAAUGCCUCAGGACACAAGCUUCAGGCAUCGCUUCUUCUCUUCACAAGGCCUUAAAACUCUGCUCUGUCUUCUGCAUACGGCCAAAUCCUGAGCGGAGCAACAGAUAAAUUGAUUUCUCAGGAGAGUUUCUGUAUCUGAAACCAUUAAACUGAGACAGCGGGAAAUGCUUAAGUCGCCUCUUUUUAGGCUUUCAUACCAGAGAGCCAUAUUUGACUGGACUCUUUCACUGAUCAUAAAUGAAUGAGCAGGAAAUGAAGGCCUGUUUUACCUUAUACAGUAGUUUCUAAUUCAUCGAAGUGUAGAAAAAAGUAUUUUAUUACUUCGUAUAGCUGUUGAGGAGAAACAAAGGUCAACUAAAAAACAGUUGACUUUUCUGUGGUUAGCUGGGCAGGACUAUAAAACUACCUCCUGCCAAAUUUUUGUUUUGAGGAAAUAGGAAAAAUCCAGCAAUGACCCAAACAAAGAAAAUAUCCCAGGUAAAGAACUAUUUACCUGGUAAACAUCCCCACUUGUAUGUAAAACAGUUUAUAUAUAUAUAUAUAUCUAUACAUAGAUAUAUAUAGAUAUAAAUUCUCUGUUACGUCCAGAAAAUACUGUUUCAUCCCUUGAUUUUAGUCUUCAUCGACUCUUGAGUUAAACUAGUAAAGAAAAGUUUUUUAGUGAGCGACUGUUGAAGGUCCCGUAAAACACUACAAGAAAGUUUAGCUCCUUUCACCUGGAACCAAAGGAAAUAUGUUUUGGCCCGAGUUAUUUUGCAAACUACUGUUUUUCUAUUUACAAAACAUGAAUCCUGAGACAAUGCAUCUCCCUGUGCGGAAAGCAAUAAUUUUCUGUUCAAACUGUUCCAUCAAAAUCUAUAAUUUAGCUGAGUCCUGAGGCGGAUGCAUUUCUGAAAAACACGAACAGGUUUUUUUUGGGGGGGGUUUUUUGGUAAGUUUCAAACACUUCAUCCUUCUGUUGUAAAUUGUAGCCAAAUUUUCACUGCUGAAAAAUAAAAACCCAAAUAAUGAUGCACUGUUUACUACUGA